CCAAGAUGGAGGCGAGAGCCAAGCACGACUUCAACGCAACCGCUGAAGAUGAAUUAAGCUUCACAAGAAACGUAACACUGAAGAUCACAGAUACGAAAAAGGAUGCUAACUGGUUCAAGGCAGAAAUAUGUGGAAAGGAGGGGUUUAUUCCUAACAACUACAUUGAAUGGAAAUCAGCACCAUGGUACCUGGGGGAUGUAAAAAGACUUCAAGCUGAAGAGAUGUUGACUCAGAAAGAUGGUAAUGGAGCAUAUUUACACCCUGAUGGAGCUUUCCUCGUCAGAAAUAGUGAAAGUCAACAAGGAGAGUUUUCUUUAUCGGUGAAAACAGGGGGUGAUAAUGUCCAGCAUUUUAAGAUAUUACGAGAUGGACGAGGUAACUACUUUCUGUGGGUGCAGAAAUUCACAUCCAUCAAUGAGCUUGUUGAUUAUCAUAGAGAAAAGUCCAUCAGUCGUUCUCAGAAUAUGGUUUUAAAGGAUAUGGCUCCAACAGAUCUGAAAGAUGAAGUCCAGCUUCGAGCCUUGUAUGACUUUGAAGGACAAAAUGAUGACGAAAUUUCAUUCAAGAAAGGCGACAUAAUUAUCAAAACAGGAGAAAAUUGUUCCAACUGGUGGCGUGGCAUUCUUAGUGGUUCAAAUAAGGAAGGACUAUUUCCUGCAGCAUAUGUAUAUGUUAUGGACACUUUAUAGUGCCAUUGUAGGGAAAACUGCCCAAGUGGUGGAUUUCAUCCCAUAGUGCUGGAACACUGAGGGAAUUCAAUCAGUUCAAGCUUGAUUCAGACUACCAGACUGCACUUUUCCGUUAGUUGGUUCAUCAGUAUCCUAGCUGGCAUUUGGUUCAUCAAUAUCUUUGUGCUUAUACAGACACUUGUGAACCCCUGUUAAAACAUUAACAGAUGUGAUGUUUUCAGUGCACUAAUACUGCAUAUGUAUUUGACCAUAGUGUUGCUCCCUUUGGCUUUUAAUGUGAUAGUAAGCUCAUUCCGGAGCCACUAGUCUGAUUAACACCAGUUAUUAUCAGUCAUAGUGUUGAUAUAUAAAGGAAUGCUUUAUACAUAAGUGCUGUUACAAGUGGCACAGAAAUAGCUCUUUUAAACAAAUGAUCUGAUUUUUAUAUCAAGUGCAGUUAUGACUUGCUAAAGACUUUUGAUUUUAUAAGAUUGUAGUCGGAAUGCACUUUGUAGUUUGUGAGGACAUAUUGACUCAUUUGCAGUGUAUUAUUUUGAUUUAAAUAUUUGGUUGAUAGGAAUUGCACUGUUUCUAUCAGUUAUAUUUUGCAUCCAUUUAUUGCAAUAUACAGAUUAAAUUUUUAUAAUAUAUGUAUUGAAUAUUUAAUGGGAAGGUUGAUGACAUCCCGUCCAAUGAUACCAAUAAUAUAGAACCACAGGAAAGUUAUCAUUACAUGUAUUCUUUACAAGAAGUUCUUUCAUGUCUUUAAUUGCAUUGUGAUUGAUUCAUAAUUACCUAGGUUGUGAUACAAAACCUCACAUUCUCACAAUUAACAUAGCAAAGCAUGAUCCUUUCUUUUUGUAAACUUUCAGUAAUGGUACACUUUACAGCGUAAAUAUUGCAAAUAUUGCUAUCAACUCCAGGAGAACUUGUAUUAGGAAAAUGUACUCCCAAUCAUUUGACGUUAACAGUAUAGAUUAGAAAGUUGUUUGCAGAGGAUAUUGGUCUGCAAAGAAAAACUGUGAAUGGUUCUAAACAGGGCAGAGGUGUAGAUUAAAUAUGGAUCAAUAUUAAAUGAUUAAAUAUACAGGUAGACUGGAGAAGUCACACAUACAGGUAGAAUGUGGCAUAAGGUCGUCAUGUAUUUGUUUUAUAGGGUUGAUGGGUCAGGGAAGGAAAGCCAUUAUCAAAUCUGAAAGGAAAGUGUAAUGAAACACUACUUGUACACACUCUUCUCUAUUACUUUUUGAAAAUGUCUGUCUGUUGAGAGUGACUUAACUUAGCUGCCUUGUAUUUGUAAGUUACAGAUUAAUUUACUGAAAUGCCUCUUAGACAAGUCUAUCCUUAACAGUCCUUAUAAGACUAGUGAUUAUACACACAAGGCUUACUGUCCAGUUAUAAGCAAUUUGUUAAAGGUCUGGUUGCUUUGUCAUGGACUACUUAUUGCAGUCAUUUUAAUUGAUGUACUAUCAGGAUUUAGGAUUUGUUGAUGAUAUUGACUUUCUUGCGUCUUGAAGUAAAAUCUUAAUUCAAGACUUUUAAACAAGGUCAUUUUUUUACCAGAAGAAGGGGAAAGAAUAUUUGAAUGCCAGUUAAGUGACAUAUAAAUGAGAAAAUUACAGCAAAGACCAUUUUAAAAUGUUUCUUUUGAUUAUUACUUGCUUUUUGGUCCUGUAUAUUUUAAGAAUGUAUAUCAAAUAUUUCUGUAUGUAUAUGUGGAAACACAGUUGAUGACACCAUUGGAGGUUAACUUUUUACAUUUUUAUAUUCAUUGUUUUGUGCAUGUCUUGUUGAUUGUAGUAUAUUGUAUAUGUACUUUGGUACCCAAUGUCAGUGUGGCACUCCUCAUGGUUGCUGUUUUCUGUAGAAUAUACAUGAUGUAUAGUGAUAACUCCACUAAAAUUACAUAUGAUAUGCAAAAACUGAUUGUAUCUAAUAAAUGUGUUUUAAUGUGUAAUGACCUGAUGAUGAAGUGAACUAAUAGUUGCUGAUGGAUAUGGUAGAUAAGAUAUUUACGGUAACUUUCCCUAUACAUCUGAAUCAUUCACUUUAUUGCUUUAGAAAGACUUAAGAUGUAAAGAUUUUUUUGUGUGAGUGUGUUGUAUCUAUUGUUUUUUCUCACAAUAUCUUUUUUAUCAGUCUUUUCUGUGGUCUUCGCUAAUUUUAAAUAGCAAAUUUGCUGUAUUAUGGUACUGUGUAACCUAUAUGUAUGCAAAGUCUGAAGAAUCAUGAAAAAUUAUUUUACAAGAAAGCAUUUGUAUAACACAGCAUAUUAUCCUAAGAAUUUUAUUAACAAAAGGUUGUAGUAAAUUUUAUUUGGAAAUAACAUUUAUAUUCAUGUAUGCAUGCUUCAUGUUUGUUCUUAUUUGUACGGAUUUGUUUCAGGUCAGUAUUUUUUCCCAUUUAUUGUGUUGUGAAAAGAUUUUUUAGAAACCAAAUAAGACUUAGAUAUGGUAUUCUUACAUGAUAUUUCCCUAUUUCUCCAGUGUUUACCCUGAUAGUUUCCUAAACAGUUCAAAGAGUUGACAAAACAGAUCUCAAGAAUAGAACGUAUGAUGUACUAGCAUGAUUUUUGUAAAUCCAUCCAACCUAGAAAUCAUACAAAAAAUGAUUGAUCACACACAAAAUACAUUGCACAACGAUGGAUGAAAGCAAUGGACUGUGUCCUAGAGGUGACCUAGUUAAGGUAUUCCCAAUUACAGGAGCAGUUUAGGACAGAAAAGUUUCUACUGACCAGUUCAAGAAUUAACAAUGAGAAAUCUGAAUUGUUAUAGAUAGAAGAUGACUAGAGGUGACAUCAGUUUCUCAACUUCUACCAUGGAUGUCCUUAGAGCAUAAAACUGCAAAACACAAUAAAAUGUACUCCAUGUGACACGAGUAGUUUGCUACGGGUAUAACUUUCAGCAGAAUUUACUGUUAGAAAAUUACUUGCCAGAGACAUUCAAAUGAAUCAAAUGGGAGCAUUUUUUCCAAGUUAACAUCAAAUUAAGGAUUUGUUGAAUUUGGAAUGUACAUACAUUCUUUUGGUUCUGAUUUCAUUUAUGCUGGAGAGGAUUCAUUUUCCAAUGUGUAAAAACAAAAUAGCAUUGAUGUCAAUACUGACUUUCUCAACCCAUGUAUUGAAACUGUUGUUUCUUCCUUCAGUGUAUUAAUUUGAUUAAGCCAAUUUAGUUUUAAUUAUAAAAAGCUGGUGGGGGGAGUGGCGGGUUGAGUGUAGCUGUGAGUUGUACUCUUAAAUACUUGUUGAAAAUAUUCAAAAGUAAUUUUGGUUGUUAUUGUAUCAAACUCAUUCAAGUAGGGUGGUAUGAAGUUGAUUCUAUAAUUUUUGAUGUAUCGAUUAGCAAUACCUGAAACUGCUUGUGUCUGCAAAACUAUACUGGAGUGUGUUCACUAUGCAUCUUAGCAUUGGGAUGGUGUUGUUUUGACCAGUACAAUAUCUAUUUUUUUAUGAAUGAUUAUAACGAUUGUUGAAGCACUAGUCUGGUUUUUUAACCAUCUUGUAUAUACUGUGUGCCACAUUAUGUCUCCUGCCUUGCCUAUAUCCUCUGGGUAGGCUAUGCAUUCAGUAAUAGGUACAUGUCAUUUAGUGAUGAAAAAUAAAUUUAUUUUAUCAAUGUAUAA